GCUAUUUUAUCGUUUGUUAAUCAAAUGCUUAUUUAGGGCCCUGUUUUAUUAACUCUCUGCAGCAGGUGCCUGAGUGGGGCUGGGGACACGGGCACCUCCAGGCCGUGCCACGUGCCCUGUCCCCAGUGUCACCAUCUCUGUCGUGUCCUCCUGUGUGGUUCCCACAGCCCCAGUCAAUGCUGAGGGAUGCCUGACACCGCCAGAGAUGCCGUCGCCCCCCUUGGGACAGUGGGGACACCGCCAGUCCCCAUGUACCAUGUGUGUGCCCACUCCCAGGAGCCACCAUGCCUUGUGGCACGAGAGUGGGGUGUGCACCCCAUGGCUCCCACUGGGUAGGAUGCAGUGGGCAGGAUGUGGCCCUGGUGAUGUUCAGGGGGAUGGGAGCAGCGGGCACUGUGCUGUGCCCUGGGGGAGUGAGCGAUGUCCCUUAUUGGUCACAGUCCAUUUGCUUUUCAUUAGCGCUAAGUGCAGACAUGAGGGAUCGGUGUGGGUUCAGUGGGCACAGCCACCGUGCUGCUCCUUUUGCAGACAGAUGGGGGAGGGAGGACUGGUGGCAUGGUGGGGGGGGACAGCUGCAGGACAUGGGGCCAUUGGUGUCCCUGGAGGUGGCUGAUCCUCCGUGUCCCCGUAGGCGCCCAGCAGAGUGUGACAGUGGCCAGCCCUGCAUCAGGCGCUUCCCCUGAUCUGCUGCCUCACUUCCUGCUGGAGCCCGACGAUGUCUACAUUGUGAAGAACAAGGCAGUGAGCCUGGCCUGCCGUGCCACCCCUGCCACACAGAUCUACUUCAAGUGCAAUGGGGAGUGGGUGCACCAAGGUGAUCACAUCACGCAGCGCAGCACUGACCGCAGCACUGGGCUGCCUGUGAUGGAGGUGCGCAUUGAGAUCACCCGCCAGCAAGUGGAGAAGCUCUUUGGUCUGGAGGAGUACUGGUGCCAGUGUGUGGCAUGGAGCUCCUCUGGCACCACCAAGAGCCAGAAGGCCUUUGUGCGCAUUGCCUAUCUGCGCAAGAACUUUGAACAGGAGCCAACAGCCAGGGAGGUGUCCCUCGAGCAGGGUGUUGUGCUGCCGUGCCGCCCUCCUGAGGGCAUCCCUCCUGCUGAGGUGGAGUGGCUGCGCAAUGAGGAGCUGGUGGACCCGGCGCUGGACGCCAACGUCUUGGUGACGCCGGAGCACAGCCUGGUGCUGCGCCAAGCCCGCCUGGCCGACACUGCCAACUACACCUGCGUGGCCAAAAACAUCGUGGCACGCCGCCGCAGCGCCUCCGCCGCCAUCACCGUCUAUGUGAAUGGUGGCUGGUCGACGUGGACACAGUGGUCGGGCUGCAGCACCAGCUGCGGACGGGGCUGGCAGAAGCGCAGCCGGACUUGCACCAACCCCACGCCCCUCAACGGGGGAGCUUUCUGUGAGGGGCAAAAUGUGCAGAAAAGCGCCUGCACCACCCUCUGCCCAGUGGAUGGAGACUGGUCGGAGUGGAGCAAGUGGUCGGUGUGUGGGGCCGAGUGCACACACUGGCGGAGCCGCGAGUGCUCUGAGCCUGCACCCCGCAAUGGAGGUCAGGAGUGCCACGGCCCCGAGCUGGAGACCCACAACUGCACCUCCGAGCUGUGCAGCCCCACCGCCCCGGGUGCCGAGGACCUGGCGCUGUACGUGGGGCUGAUUGCCGUGGCCGUGUGCCUGGUGCUGCUGCUGCUGGUGGGUGUGCUGGUGUACUGCCGCAAGAAAGGUGGCCUGGACGCCGAUGUGGCGGACUCCUCCAUCCUCACCACUGGUUUCCAACCUGUCAGCAUCAAGCCCAGCAAGGCUGACAACCUGCUCACCAUCCAGCCCGACCUCAGCACCACCACCAUGACCUACCAGGGCUCGCUGUGCCCACGCCAGGACGGCCCUGCCAAGCUCCAGCUCCCCAACGGGCACCUGCUGAGCCCACUGGGCGCCGGGCGGCACACGCUGCACCACAGCUCACCUGCUGCCGAGGGAGCUGACUUCAUGGCCCGGCUCUCCACCCAGAGCUAUUUCCGCUCGCUGCCCCGCGGCACCACCAACAUGGCCUACGGCACCUUCAACUUCCUGGGGGGGCGGCUCAUGAUCCCCAACACAGGUGUCAGCUUGCUGAUCCCUCCCGACGCCAUCCCCCGGGGGAAGAUCUACGAGGUGUACCUCACGCUGCACAAGCACGAGGAGGUGAGGCUGCCCCUGGCCGGCUGCCAGACGCUGCUGAGCCCUAUCGUCAGCUGCGGCCCCCCCGGCGUGCUGCUCACCCGUCCCGCCAUCCUGGCCAUGGGGCACUGCGUGGAGGCGGGCGCUGAGCACUGGAGCCUGCGGCUGAAGAAGCAGUCGUGCGAGGGGACGUGGGAGGACGUGCUGCAGCUGGGCGCCGAGCCGCGCACCGAGCUGUACUACUGCCAGCUGGAGGCACAGGCGUGCUACGUCUUCACGGAGCAGCUGGGCCGCUUCGCGCUGGUGGGCGAGUCGCUCAGCAUGGCGGCCUCCAAGCGCCUCAAGCUGGUCCUCUUCGCGCCCACCGCCUGCCCCUCGCUUGAGUACAACAUCCGUGUCUACUGCCUCAGUGACACGCAGGAUGCGCUGAAGGAGGUGAUGCAGCUGGAGAAGCAGAUGGGAGGGCAGCUGAUCGGGACCCCCCGUGUACUGCAUUUCAAGGACAGCUACCACAACCUGCGGCUCUCCAUCCACGACAUGCCCAGCUCCCUCUGGAAGAGCAAGCUGCUUGCCAGUUACCAGGAAAUCCCCUUCUACCACAUCUGGAGCGGGCUGCAGCCCUACCUGCACUGCACCUUCACCCUGGAGCGCCUCAGCCCCAGCACCUGCGAGCUGGCCUGCAAGAUCUGGAUCUGGCAGGUGGAGGGCGAUGGGCAGAGCUUCACCAUCAACUGCAACAUCGCCAAGGACACGAGGUUUUCGGACUGGUUGGUCCCUGACAGUGAGGUGGGUUCCCCGGCCCUGGUGGGUCCCAGUGCCUUCAAGAUCCCCUUCCUCAUCCGCCAGAAGAUCAUCAGCAGCCUGGACACGCCGUGCGCCCGUGGGGCCGACUGGAGGACACUGGCCCAGAAACUCAACCUUGACAGCCAUGUCAGCUUCUACGCCUCCAAGCCCAGCCCCACGGCCAUGAUCCUCAACCUGUGGGAGGCCCGACACUUCCCCAACGGCAACCUCUCACAGCUGGCCGCUGCCGUGGCCGAGGUGGGCAAGCAGGACAGUGCCCUCUUCGCCGUGUCUGAAGCCGAGUGCUGAGUUCCUGGGCUCUGUGGGGCAGGGUGGGGGCCCCGGCCGGCCCCUGGGCCCCACUGCUGCCCCACAGCCCCUGGCCU